UCUUAAGAUGGCCGUCAAACUGUCACAUUAUUGCGGUCGUUGACAGUAUAGUCUUGUCGUAACAGUUACACUCCUAACGUUGAAGUUACUUAUAUUCCAUGAGCGUUAUAAAUUAGUGGAAAAUGUCGUACAAAAACGGUCAACGUGUUGAAGUCAUUGGCAAGGAUUGUCAGGGUGUAAUCGCGUACAUCGGUCACCCUUCGUUCGCUACUGGAAAAUGGAUUGGAGUUAUCCUCGACGAACCUAAAGGGAAAAAUAAUGGCACUGUCAAAGGACAAUCCUAUUUUCAAUGCAGGGAGAAUCAUGGGAUGUUUGUUCGGCAAACGCAGCUGAUUCUGCUCGAUGAGUCUGGUAAUCGAACGGAACCGGCAAGUCCCUCUUCAGCCGGUAGUGCGCCAACGACUCCUGAUGAUAGCGGGGCUGCUAGAGCAAGGAGUCGUCUGAACAGCAUCAGCAUGCGUCGACGGAAUGAACCAACUGCUGUUAGGAGAAAAACAUCUCCGGCGCAAUCGACACGCCAGCGACCGGACAAGCUGACAGGUUCACGUCUGUCUCUGGGAGGAAGCAAAACACAGCUCAGCGCUCCGAGCACCGAAAGUCUCACCGGAUCACAACAUGAGCGCAAAGAGGUCGGGGAAUCACACAUACCAGCACCAACAUCUACAAAGCGCGCAUCUUUCAUAGAGAAGUCCCCUAGCACGAGCUCGCCUCCGGGCAAAAAGCCAAAGGCCCAAGAUGAUCAGAAUAAUACAGGUUUCGUUGAGACGUUAAAGCCACAAUUUGUGCCAGGACAGGCAAUCGCAAGCCAAUCAGUGACGACGCUGGGCAGUGCUAUUGAAGAGAAAUUGUCACAUAUGCAGAUGAUGCAAGAAAAUGAUAAUCUUAAAGCCCAGGUGCGCGAUCUAAAUGAGAAAUUGGAGACUCUACGAAUGAAGCGUCUCCAAGAAAAGGAGAAGAUGAAGGAUUAUGAAAAGACCAAGUUGCAGUUGGAUCAACUAAUUGAGUUCAAGACCAAAGUGAUGGAGAGUCAGGCUAGUCUGCAGAGACAACUUCAGUGGGCACGGCAAGAAACUCGCGAUGCUCAAGCUGCGAGGGAUCAGCACCAAGAAGAGAUGGCAGACCUUGUAGAAACUGUAGAAAUGGCUACACUGGAUAAAGAAAUGGCUGAAGAGAAAGCGGAGACUCUGCAAAUAGAAUUGGAUCAAGCAAAAGAAAAGCUUGAAGAGCUGACCUUGGAUUUGGAAAUUUUGCGCGCCGAGAUAUCUGACAAGACUGGAGGUGGCGCGGCUGGAUCUGGGCCAUCUACUUAUGAAAUAAAACAACUGGAACAGCAGAACAGUCGACUAAGGGAAACUUUAGUCCGCAUGCGAGAUCUUUCAGCACAUGAAAAACAUGAGUUUCAAAAACUGCAAAAGGAUUUGGAUCAAAAGAAAUCUGAAAUUCUCGAAUUGGGGCGUACUAAAGAGAAACUGUCGUCGCGCGUGGAAGAAAUGGAACACCAGAUUGCCGAUCUCCAGGAACAGGUUGAUGCAGCACUUGGUGCGGAAGAGAUGGUGGAGGUUCUGGGUGAGCGUAAAAUGGUUCUUGAGGAGAAAGUUGCUGAAUUAGAAGAAGCAGUGGCUGACUUAGAAGCACUGCAGGAUAUGUCGGACCAGUUGGCUGAGUCUUCUAAGGAAUUGGAGCUAGAAUUACGCGAAGAAUUGGAUUUAGCAGUGGGAGCUACACGUGAUGCUCAACGUCAUCGUGAUGCUGCAUUGGAAACACUCGCAGAUCGAGAAUUGACAAUUACAAAGUUUCGAGAUUUGACGCAGCAGCUACAGGAACAAUGUCUACAGUUACAGCAGCGAUUGCAGACCACUGAAUCCACCAAGUCAGGCACACGAGGAGCAGAACAACAACUUGCGGAGAUAUUAGACUUCCAGAAGACGUUUGCAGAGACACGAGCACAAACUAAGGCUGUUGAUCUUGAACUGCGACGUCUGGAUGUCGAGGAGGCCAGAUCUCAUGUUCGUUAUUUGCUUGCAUUUAUGCCACCACAAUUUUUAGCACGUGGCGGUGAUCAUGAUGCCAUAUUGACGCUUCUUCUUAUACCGAGAAUGACCCGAAAAACGGAAAUAUUAAUUUCCCAAGUACGAGACAAGUAUCAACCAAUUAAUAAAAUUGACAGGGCAUCGGUCGUGAAAGGACAUUCAGUGGCACAGUACAGCUUUAGAUCACGUCUGUGUUCUCAUAUGUAUGCUCUUCAGGGUGCUCUUGGAAGUUUCGAUUCUGCAUUGAACAUGUGCAGUUCUGAAACAUUGCUAAAAGUUGGUGUCGCAUAUCCCGAAAUGGCAGCCCAAGAAAAGUCUCUUGACUCACUUAUUGAACUAGCAAAACGUGACCAAUUGGAUGAAAAUUUACCAAUGGAUGCAAUAGAAAAAUGUAGUGGCUACUUUACAACGAUGUUUUCAAUUCUAUUUGGAGAAGAUCUAAUGGCUAAUCAAGCUAGGCUUGUUACCGAUGGAACACGAACAUUGGCAAACGCUUGUGAUGCUAUUGCAACUGAUGCCUCUGCUAUCAAAGCCCUUAUAGAUGGUGAAGGGGGUGAUAUAGGUCUGCUCUGUCAGCAUGCAGAAACAGUCUGUGAAGUGAUUCAACAGCAUCUUAAGGCAGCCAGAAGACGAGUACCCCGUGAUCAGAUAACUUCUAUUGUUUCGAAUGUCAAUUUAGGAUUGGACAAAGACUGGCCUGAACAAUUAUCCACCUGUAUUCAACAUUCUGUUAAAGUAAUGAAGACACUCCAAGAUUUACUGAAGAAUGCUUUACAAGCAGUCGUCACCAGUGGUGAUUUGGAUGCUGGAUUAACUGCGGAAAAGUUGAAAGAUAUGGCAGCAAUGUCAAGUGAAAAAAUUUAUGAUACAGAAGAUUUAGGACCAGUUGCUACACUAAAGUCUAGUUUGACAGUAAUACAACAAAUGGCUGCCAAUCUCGCACAACGAAUGGCUGAAUGCGAGAACGAAUUGGCUAUGGCUAACCAGAUUCCCCAACAACAACAGGGAGUCGAAGGUGGGGAAGUGUUGACACCUAUUUUGCAGCGGGCUCACGCCACUAAAAAAGAAUCUGAAGAAACUAAGAUACUUAGCAGAAAACUUGAAUCGAGAGAAGGUGAUCUUCGUGAAGCGAGGCUUGUACUCAGGGAAAAGCAGGAAGAGCUAUCUGAAAUGAUAUUGAGGAAGGAGUUGGCUGAGAAGCGAUUAGCGACUCAACAACAUGAAAAUGAAUUAAACAUGGAAAAAGUAAAAAGAAAGUUGGAAGAAGCACAAAAUCAACUCAAGAGAAAGGAGAAGGAGUUUGAAGAGACGAUGGAUCAUUUGCAAACAGAUAUUGACAGCUUAGAAAAUGAAAGGGGACAGCUUAAAGAGAAGCUUAAGUCUUAUGGAAAGAAAUCAACAACUGUUGCUGCCACCAGUUCUGAAAGUGUUGCCAGUACUGUAGGCAUUUCGGGUGCACCAGCUAGUGCACCACUGGAGAAUAAAUUCCUACUGCAAGAAGUGAAUGCAUUGAGGGAAGCAUUGGCUACGGAGCACAGACACAAAACCAAAUUACUAGCAGACUCUCUCCAACAAAAACUGAGCGCUCUUCCACUUUUGCCUGUGGUGGCAAAACAAAAAGCUGUAGAUUCAAAGUUAGAAGAGUUGCAGUUGAAAAAGAAUAAUCUCCUCAAGGAAGUGCAACAUGCAAUGCUAUUCCCGGUUGUACCUGAUUUGACUCGUAAACGGGAUAUCAAUAGGGAAGGAACUAUUUUGGAGAAGGCAAGUCCUGCCUAUCAAUUGUUACAUCGGCAACUAGUAGUCAAGCAACUUGGAGACCGCGCCGAACAACUAGCGAGUGAAGUACGCGAGGAGGCAGUGAAGAGGAGGCUAGGCGGUAGAGCGGAAGCAGAUUUUGCAGUAUUUCCAAGUCUAGAGAUGGCGGCAGCAAUGGCAGGUCACGAUCAUCUGAUGGCAGCUAAAAUAAAGAUUCCCCACAAUGGUCCCUCGCAAAACCAAACUCUAAACUUAGGUGUUCAGGAGCUAAGGAAAAUACACUCUCUUCUUUGCUAUUAGCCAAGCUCGCUUAUCAAUUGACUGUAUUUUUUAGAUAGUAAAUAGCUAGUCUUUACAUGCUUUGACUGCAAAUGAGAGACCAAUGCACACAAAUAUAAUUUUAUUGUAAGCCAAAUUUUUGUCAGCAUUUAUGUCCUAUAACAAGUAGAUAAAUUACAAUAUCAGAUUCACUUGAAAUCACACUGGAGUGAAACAAAAACUUAUACGUUACAGGCGAUUUAUGCGUUGCUGAACGUAAGACUUAGGUGAGAGGGAGCCGUUUAUGCGGACGACAGUUAGAACGACUGCGUUAAUCACAAUGUUGUUCAGCAACGAAUAAAUGGCCCUGUAUGAUAUCUUUACUUCAAGAUUUGCGAGUGAUCAGCAAUUCUACUGAGUUCAACACUAAGUCUCUCCUGCUUGCAGGCUGCACAAACAUAAAAGCUUUAGCAACUAAUUAUUGAACGCGGUUUCCGUUGUCGAUUA